CAUUUCACUACUUUUUUUUUUUUUCUUUCUCUUCUUUCCUCAAAUAUGAGUACCUCAUAAAACUAAACAAGCCAACCCCAUAUUUCAUUUCAGUACUCAAUUAUAAAUUCUUUAAUUAAUCAGCUCAAAAUUACUCAAGGAAACAAAUAAAGUUUGAAUCUUUAUCGUGUUUCUUGAUUUCUUAUGGCAAACCCAUCUGCAAAUAACACUAACGGCAAUGGUUCUGCUGCCACCGCGGCCAACGGUGGUAGCUCUGCCGUGCCGGAGAAUUCCCCGACGGGUCCUUCUGAACGUGCUUUAAAACACCCCAUUGGUCUCUCUUUUGAGUGGACUCGUGAUGAACAGUCUUUGCUUGAAGAAUUGCUCACCAAAUAUGCCUCAGAUAAGCCGGUAAUGCGUUUUGCAAAAAUUGCAGAGCAGUUGCAAGACAAAACAGUAAGGGAUGUGGCACUACGUACUAGAUGGAUGACUAUUGCCUUCCAAAUAUUGAACUUUACGGAAUUCGUGUGGAUAGUACUAGGGGUGCUUGGAUAUUCAUUUAAGAUAACUGGGAAAAAGGAAAAUGGUAAGCGAAGGAAAGACAAUAGUAAUUCAUCCAGGAGGCAUAAAGAUAAAAAGGAAAAAGUUGCCGAUCAACAGGCGAAACCAUCUUCGAAUACUGCAAAUCGUUCCAAUGGUCCUCAAUACGCUCAACCAUCGACCUCCAUCGACAGUGAUGAUGGUAUUUCUUACAAAGAUAUUGGUGGUGCAUCAGGUCAGCUUCUUGAACAGAAUGCCCAGGCCUUGGAUCAAAUUUUGGCAAAUUUUUCUACUUUCAAGGUGCAGGAGAACAUCCAUCUUUUUUCUCAAACAAGAAAUAACAUUCUUGCAAUCAUGAAUGACUUAACUGACAUGCCGGAAAUGAUGAAGCAGAUGCCGCCUCUACCCGUGAAGCUUAACGACGAGCUCGCCAGUUCUAUACUUCCCUAGUUGUCUAUACGAAUGAAUUUCGAAUCUUUCCUUUUCACAUAUAAACGAAUAAACCUUUUUCCAUCCAGAUAGAGCUAUAUCGAUCGUGGUUUAGGUUCUUCUAGAUAACCUGGAAGCAGCAGAUCACCCUAUGAUGAAUCAUGCCGUGUUGGUACUUGGUAGAGUACAUGUUAGUUUGCUUUUCAGUUUUACUGUGUUUCUUUUCUUUUGGGUUAAGUCUGAGAUUGUAAAUAUGUGUUUAGGUCUGUUGGUUAGUCCUUGUAAAUAUGACAAGUUGAGUUAAUUCAAGAUUUGUUAUGGUGCAA